AGCCAUUGCCUGGACUAGUCAUCGCCAGAGAGGACCCCAGAGAAGACGGAGCCGCCGCGGAGCAGCUUUGAACGGGGAGCAGCGCCUCAUCACCGCGGAUUUAUUGCAUCACACGCGCCUUAAAGCAAGGAGCAAAGCGGCGGUAGCAGAAGCGGACCGGACUUCCAUGCAGCUCGUGGUUUAGCAUCUUUGAGGAAAGCAGCUUUAUUUAUUUUUUCUUUUGGAGGUGGGGUGCCUGGACCCGAACGCAGAUAACCCCCAAAAAGUAGCACCGGAGCGGCCGCUGCAUCGGCGAGCGAAACUUGGCACCUCUGCGCGGCGCGCGGCGUCUUGUCAGUCGGCUUCGGCUUGCUGCACGUACCGCUGGCAGAGAGCUCCUUUUUUUAAGAAAAAAAAAAGGGGGGUUCAUGUUUUUGUAAUUUCUCCAUCUUUGUGUGUGUUCUGCUUCUGCAACCAACUGUGGCUUUAACGUGACGCACCGUGCUGACAUCUGUGCGGAGCGUCGGAGAGGACUCCCACUGCAGAGGAGUUCAAAAAAAAAAAAAAGGCUCGACCAUUCAAGUUUCCCCCCCUCCUCCUCCGGUCAUACUCCAGCGGUGCCAGCGCGACCCACACCAAUGUGAUAGUUACAAAGACUCGAGCAGACCAAGCCGGGCCAGGCCGGGCCAGGCCAGGCCGUGCCGUACCAGACGGGUCGGCUACCUCAGCUGUCAGCUGGGAGAGGGCACAUCCUCGUCGCCGCCCACCAUUCAAGGUUUAAAGAGAUUCCUUUGUGGCCGUCGGCAUCUCAUCAGUUUCCGGUUCUUCUAUGUUGUGGUGGGCCCUGUCUGGAUGUCAGCAGCAGGAUGGAUUCUGGGCUUGAUCUGACCGUUCACGCCUCACCGCAGCGUUGGCCGCGCUCCCUCUCCGACCGCCUGUCGUCCCUCUCCUCCCCGGUCUUUAAGCCCCCUCUUCUCACCUGGGGCCUCCCUCUGCGCUGCAGGGAAGGGCCUUAUAGGAACUGUAGCGUGUCUUGUUAAAGCAGCCAGGAAGCAGAGCUGAUAAGUCCUUACAAACUUUUACACAGAACAAGGGGUUGCUGUGUUCAGUUUUCUGAUACGACCAGUUGCCUUUUUUUUUUUUUUUUUUUAACCAUCUUUCAAGUUGAGUUCUGAAGUUUACGCCGGUAGCUCUGUCUUAUUCCUCGCUUCUUACGCAAAAAAAAAAAAAAAUCCUUAUUUAUGUUCGCUUUUUCGUCCUUCGUGGUCUGAGCCCGCGCGGAAGAAUGUCCGAAAGUAGCAGCAAAGCGGUGAAAUUCCUCGCCCCGCUUCCCCCGGCGUCCUCCGACUCCCCCUGCCCGUCGCCUCAAACCCCCCACAAGAAUGUGAACGGCUCGGCCAGUUCAGACUCGCACGUCGUGGAGAAGAUCGGCGAGGAGCAGCCCGAGGUGCGGCGGCGGCGCCACACCAUGGAGAGGGACUCCAAGGCAGCCGAGCACCGCUUCUUCCGCCGCAGCGUCAUCUGCGACUCCAACGCCACCGCUUUGGACCUGCCCAGCAAAGCCGCCGUGCUGCUCACCUCACCCCCAGACUGUGAAGGGCCCCCCCUCUUUAUAUCCACGCAGAGCCUCAGGCCUGAGGAACAAGAGCCAGAAGGUGAGAGCACAAGAGGGUCCUAUCUGCAAAGCACCAGCCUUCAGCCUUACUCUACCCUCGGCGGGGCGGUUACACCGGGACACGUACAGCGUGCUGAGGGAGAUUUGGAUCUGAACGUUGUCACUGUGGCUGUUCCCCCGAGUAGUAGUGCUAAUUAUGGCGCCGCGGGGCCAACGACGGAGCAGAUCCCGACAGCAUUGGAUGUUACGGCGGUAGGCAAGCAGCCCGUCACGCUGUGCUCCAGAGGGAUCCAGGAAUCACAGCAGGUGGCAAAAGGCGAAAAGGCGGACGAGGCCGCACUCGAGGGGGGCGUUGGCCCCCUGACCGAGGAGAAGGACCGGGAGAAGGAGGAGGAGAGGGGCCAGGCGAAGGCCCGGGCGGAGCAGAGGGAGGCCGAGAAACGGGUGCAAGACGACAUCGAGGAGGCCGAGACCAAAGCCGUGGGGACUUCGCCGGACGGACGCUUCCUGAAAUUCGACAUCGAAAUCGGCAGAGGGUCUUUCAAGACCGUCUACAAGGGACUCGACACGGAGACCACGGUGGAGGUGGCCUGGUGUGAGCUGCAGGACCGUAAGCUGUCCAAGUCGGAGCGCCAGCGGUUCAAAGAGGAAGCCGGGAUGUUGAAGGGUCUCCAGCAUCCUAACAUUGUCCGCUUCUAUGACUCCUGGGAGGGUUUGUGCAAAGGAAAGAAAUGUAUUGUUCUCGUCACUGAGCUCAUGACAUCUGGCACGCUAAAAACAUACCUGAAGCGCUUUAAGGUAAUGAAAAUCAAGGUUCUGCGCUCAUGGUGCCGACAGAUCCUCAAAGGUCUUCACUUCCUGCACACCAGAGCCCCGCCCAUCAUCCACAGGGACCUGAAGUGCGACAACAUCUUCAUCACAGGGCCCACGGGGUCUGUGAAGAUCGGGGAUCUGGGGCUAGCCACGCUGAAGAGGGCUUCCUUCGCCAAAAGCGUCAUAGGUACUCCUGAGUUUAUGGCUCCUGAGAUGUACGAGGAGAAGUAUGAUGAAUCUGUGGACGUCUAUGCCUUUGGGAUGUGCAUGCUGGAGAUGGCCACCUCUGAAUAUCCAUACUCAGAGUGCCAAAAUGCAGCGCAGAUCUACAGACGGGUGACAAGUGGAGUGAAGCCUGCGAGUUUUGACAAGGUGGCCAUUCCUGAGGUGAAGGAAAUUAUAGAGGGCUGUAUAAGAACAAACAAAGACGAGAGAUAUGCCAUAAAGACCCUGCUGAACCACGCGUUCUUCCAGGAGGAGACGGGGGUCAGGGUUGAGCUUGCAGAGGAGGAUGAUGGGGAGAUGAUUGCUAUCAAACUUUGGCUCAGAAUAGAAGACGUCAAGAAGCUCAAAGGCAAAUAUAAAGAAAACGAAGCCAUCGAAUUUUCCUUUGACCUGAACAGAGACGUACCUGAAGAUGUGGCACAGGAAAUGGUUGAGUCUGGCUAUGUUGCCGAGGCUGACCACAAGACCAUGGCCAAAGCAAUGAAGGACCGCGUGUCUCUGAUCCGAAAGAAGAGAGAACAGAGGCAGCUGGUGCGAGAAGAACAGGAGAAGAGGAGGCUGGAGGCAGAGCAACAGCAACAGCAACAAGAGGCUUUCAAAGCUUCACGCACCCAGUCAAAGACGGAGGAAACUGAGGCAGAACAACUUCACCAUCAGCAGGCUCACGCAUCCGAAGGCGCUUUGGACAGCGGACAGGGUUCAUCGGUUUUUUCCUCCGACUCCCCCCACCUGGGUCAGCUGACCAUGUCUUACAGCUGCCCCCCGUCCUCCCAGCCCCCCUCCCAACCCCAGACCCCGUACCCCCAAACUCCCUCUGCUGCGUCGCAGCAGCAUCCAGGCUAUUCCCAGCCGCCGCAGCCGAUGCCUGCGUCACACGGCCGUCGAAGCCGUAGCAUGUCUAUUUGCGUCCCCCCUUCCUCGUACUCCUUUUCCCACGCUCCUUUGUCCCUGGCCGUUCCUCCGAAACAGCCCGCCACGCCUCCUCCAGACCUGUCCUCCCACACCUCCAUCUCCCCCUGCGUACCUCUCGCUGCUGAGGGGGACACGUUCGCUGGCCGCCUCUCCAAGGCCCUGGAGACGGUGCUGCCCCUUCACCCGGGCUCCUCGCAGCCCAGGGCCAGGCAGCGGAGGGCCAGCCUGCCUGCCCUGUUCUCCACCCCUCAGCAUUCAAUGCCACACCCCUUCGGCGGAGGAGCGAGCUCAGCCGGAGGAGUCCCAAGUCUCCCCGAACCUCCUGCUAUUUUCUUCCCCUCCAUCCCUGAGCGUCCCAUUUCCUUCUCUCCUCCUCCCACCGGGCCUCCAAAGGGCUACAACACCCAGAGACGCAAGAGCACCUCCAUUCUGGAGGCGCAUACCCGGCACUUCCAGCCGGCCUACCCUCGCUACGGGAGCACCCUGCACCCGUUUUCUGGCAUGGAGAGUGUCGAGGCUCCGCCUCUCUUUAUGGUGAAUCCGGGCUUUGCAGCAGCAGCAGCUCAGAGACUCGGCGCUGGCGACUCUCUGCAUCUCCCAGGGCAGUCCGAGCCGACUUUGUAUGCAUAUAAAGACAUGAGAGAACACGAGGAAGCAGUGAGGCGGCUGAGUCUCAACCAAGCUGCUUUGUUGGACCAUUAUGAAGCAAUGGCGUACGCAGGGUAUCCAAUGACUGCCCACCAGCUGGGUCACCUGAGCUUUCAUCAUCAGAGGCAGGCAGCAGCUGCGGCUGCGAGCAUGGGCUUUGAUCCUGGCCCUCCGCCUCAGCCAGGGUUCAUACACCCACACAUCAUGCAGAGAAUAAGCGCGCACAGCCCAAUACCUCCACCGCUGCCCCCAAUGACUCCAUCCACCGGUGGGUCCAUCUCCUCCUCAUCAUCCGACGGAUGCUUUCCCCCACAGCACGCUUCCUCAUCCUCCUUCCCCUGUUCUGCACCUCCAGUAAUGGCUGACGCUCCACCUGCCGGAAGCGUGUUUGAGUUUCAUCUAGCUGCAGCCGCCGCCGCCGCCGCUGCAGACCCGAACCUGCUGGCGUCCAGGAUCUACAGAGCUCGGCGAAGCUCUAUGGACCUCCCUCUGGAGGACAGCUCUGGAACGGGCUCUGGUGGUUCGGGAUCCUACAGCAGGCUCCAGCCCGUGACCGAGGAGCUCUACACCUACAUGAGUCCAGAGCUUCCAUUGCCUCCUGGAAAUCUCCUCCUUCACCACAUUGGUUUAACCGCAAAGGACAGAAGCCCUGAACCAUCUAGCGACUCUCUAGCCUCCUCUGAUGCAGGAGAGUUUCAGUCACCUCCUCCCCCAAAUCUCCCCGCUCAGUUUGACUCCUCGGCCGCUCAGUCCAUCCCUCGCUCCUCUUCUUCUGCACACUGCGAUUCCUCAGGGGGAGCGCUUCUCCAGGACCCCCAGGGACAUCCGCCUUCAGUCCAGAACUUUUUCCCUCCUACUCCGUCGUCUGAGCUCCCUCCUGGCGUUGCACCGUCAACUCACCUGGAGAGUCUGCAGAGUCCCUGGCCCCAGCAGGGAGGAAUGGCGCCAGCCCAACCCAAUAUGACCUACCACGAGUCGUUGCAGGCUGCGGUUCCCUCUCUGCAGCAGGCUCAGACUCCUACCCCUAAACCAAGUUCAGGACCCCCUCUGGUCCCUUCAGCCACACAGCCUGAUCCUACAGGGACGUCCCAACAGGCUGUAUUGUCUGGCCAGAGUUCUUCCCUUCAGAGCCCAACACACACAGCACUGCAGCAGGCACCUGCACAGUUUUGUGAUCUAAGCCCGUCUCCCAGUAUAGAGCAUCUUUAUCUGUUAUACCAGGCUGCCCAGCUAGCUCUGGUUCAGCCCAGUUUACCUCCGCCAACCUCUGCUCUUCCCAUGGCGACCCUCCCUUCUCCGUCGGCUCUUCCGACGUCGGUCGUGCCCUCCCUCCCCUCUCCUCUGCCAAUCCCUGUUGGGGUGGUGCCUCCGCCCGUUCCCACUUCUCUUCCUGUGCCCACACCUGUGCCUCAGCCUUUGGCCACCGUGGUGCCAGUCAUCAGCGUAGUCACCGCCCCUCCUGACACUCCCACGGAAGCCCCUCCCAAGUCGGGUUCACAAUCUUCAGAGCUGUCACAAGGCCAGCUGCAGCCGCCUCAAGUUCUCUCCUCUAUAGAGAGCGGCCACUCGGAGACCUCAGGCCUGAGUGACGGGAACGAAGGAGGCGCCGGCCGCCAUGAUGGUCGCUCCACCAAACGGCAUCAAAGGCGCUCUGUGCGAAGCCGGUCGCGCCACGAGAAGCUAUCCAAGGCGAAACUUCACGUUCUCAGUAUCUCUAACCGAGGAGACAGGGUGGCAGAGUGUCAGCUGGAGACUCACAACAGGAAGAUGGUGACAUUUAGGUUCGAUCUAGAUGGAGACAACCCUGAGGAGAUCGCCCAGAUCAUGGUGGAGAGUGAGUUCAUCCUGGAGAGUGAGCGGGAGUCAUUCAUUGAGCAGGUCAGAGAGGUAAUCGAGUAUGCUGAUCAGAAGGGUUUGGAACGAGACCCAAGCAGCCAGAUGAUGGGUGACAAGGAGGAGCAGAUUCCUGCCAUAAGUAGCCCCAUGCCAGACAUUGCUCCCAGUGCAACUGCACAGGUGGUCCAUUCAGCAGGACGGAGAUUCAUCGUUAGCCCUGUACCGGAAGGCAGGCUGAAGGAGCCCCACACGCCUUCUCCCGGCCCUCCACCUCCUGCUGAAACUGAUCCGUCUGCUACUCCCGGCCAAAUGUUGGGAUUUUCCCAUUCUGCAGGAGCAAUGACGUUGCAGCAAGCCUUCGCUGAGCUCAGGCAGAGCAAAAGCCAGUAUGAUGCAGGUCCUAACACGGCUCCAGCCUCCAUCCACUCCCCCAAUCCCCCCCUGCAGCCUGCAGCAGCGACGGUCUCCGCACACAGCAGCGUAGUCUUUCCCUCUGCGGAUCCCAGUCAAAAUCAAGUAAAAGAGCAGCUCCUGGAAGCUUCUCCUCCUCCUCACUCCCUUUCCUCAUCCUCCACCCCCUCCUCUGCGCCCCCUGUCUCCUUCAGUCCCCCCUUUUCUUCAUCUCCCCCUCCCACUCUGGUAAAUCAGACCGCCCUUCAGUCUCAGCCCGUGAUGCAGGCUGUGUCUAGACCACAAGCCCAGAGUCUGACACAAACUCAGCCCCAGGCUUAUAUCCAGCCCCUAACCGUUUCUGCUGCUUCACUGCCUUCCUCCUUAACAACAGCCAACAUCUCUAGCAUCUCCCAGACAGCGCUCACCUCCUCUCUCCUCGGCCAGACCCUCCCAUUUGUAUCCUCGGCUCUUUCUUCUGCUCUUACAUCCACUGAAAUCCCGUCAGAUCAUCCAUCAGUCUCUCCCACCUCCUCCCUCACCUCCUCCAUCUCUCUGGCCUCCGUUAUCCCCACCACGGCCAUCGUUGGUCCGCAGCUCUCUCCCUCUUCCUCCGCCUCGCCGGUACCCAUGGCCGGCUUCCCCCCCUCUGUGGGACUCCAGCCGGUGACCACAAACGUUCCUCCAGUCCAGCCCACCGUGGUCCACUCCCAGCCUCAAAGUUCAGCCCUGCCGGGGCAGACGCACACGCACUGUGGAGAAUGUGACGCGAGGUCUGAGGCCUCCUCUGAGUCCAUAGGCAAGCCGGACGACAUCCAGGCUCUGGACAAGAAGCUGCGCUCCCUCUUCAUGGACCCCGGCGGAGUGGUGCCGUCCACCCAGGGUGACGUCUUAGCUGCUGACCCCGCCUCUGUGGCCUCUGUGGCAGGCACCACGUCCCCCGUUGGCGCUGGCUCUACCUCCACCACGUCUGUCACCGCUCCUGGCUCCAGCCAGUCGGUCAAUCCACCUCUGCCCCCCACCAGCCUGGCGCUGGGCUCUCUGGGGUCAUCUGCACCCUUGCCAGGCCCAGGGACUCCUAUAGCCACCCCUGCAUCAUCCAUCAUCCCUGCCUCCUCUUUGGGCCAGACUACUCCAUCCAAAACCCCCCUGUCCAGGACAACGGCCACUUCUCCUUCUUCAGAGCUCCUGACACCCUUCCCUGGACCUUGUCUAAUACAGUCUCAGCAGCCUCUAGAGGACCUGGACGCUCAGCUGAGGAGGGCGUUGAGUCCAGAAACUGUCCCUGUGAGCUCUCACACAGCGGUCUCUCAGAGCAGCGUUCCUUCCAUUGGACAACCAAUCCCCUUCUCCCUGGAAGGAGAGAAAGCGCCUCGCCCUGCUCCUCCUCCUGCAGGGGGAAUUAAAUUAGGAAGAUUUCAGGUGUCCUUGGCUGCCGAAGAGCCGGCUGUUCAGCGUCCGUCGUGCACCGAGUCUUCUUCCACCACCUCCUCCACUUCGUCGUCCUCGUCAUCCUCCAGCCUUUCCAGCCCGGAGAACACUUUGCACAAAGACUUCUCGCCCCGUCUGAGAGGGAAAGGAGUAAAAGGCGGAGAUGUUGUGGACGGGCUCCCUCAGAAGACUCCAACAGGAGGAUCCCACCACGCGUCCCCAUGCCACUCCCCCAAACCCCCCACCACCAUUGGCCGCUUCCAGGUUACAACCAACCCCGAGACCCGUGUUGGACGGUUCUCGGUCAGUCGUGCCCAGGAGCAGAUCCAGGAGCAGACCCCUCCACCUGCUGCUAACGGACCCAGUGAUGCUGGACAAGUCGUGUCUCCAGGCUCGCCUCAUAAAGCCUCCCUGCCCAGCCUAAACAACAACAACUCCUUCAACAACUCCUACAUGAGCAGCGACAACGACUCCGAAUUUGAAGAUGAAGAUUUCAAGCGGGAAAUCAGGCGCCUUAGAGAAAAGCACACACAUGAGAUUCAGGUCCUCCACUCUCGCCAGAAGGAGGAAAUCGAGCGUUUGUUUGCAAGGCUAGGAAAGGUUCCUCCAGCUGCUGUGAUCCCGCCGCUCAUCGCCCUGACUGGCAGGAGGCGGCGACCCACCAAAACUAAAUCUUCAAAAUCAUCCAGAAGCAGCUCCACUCAUGGCAGCAAGAGCCCUUUACAACCAGACAGCACUUUAUCCGCCCAGAGCGUCCCGGCCGUGUACCCCGGCCAGCUGCCUCCGUUAGCCCCCGGUGGGUUGGCCGACUCGGGCAGCGGCGCCGCGCUCCAGCCCCUCAAACAGUCUCCCUCCAGUGACAACCUGUGUUCAGCCUACACCAGCGAGGCGGCGCUGUCCGUGCCCAGCCUGUGCGCUCCGACCCCGGGCUGUGUAAAGUUCAGCUGGGGUUCGGAGCGUGUGGCCUUCAAGCCGGGCGGCAGGAGGACGCGCUUUCUGAGUACGCCCUGCUUGGCUCUUUGGAAGAUGGUGAAAAAAGUCUGCCCCUGCAACCAGCUCUGUAGGACUAACAGCACUAACGCAGUGAGCGGUUCAGAGGGCUUGUGUCAAAGCCAGGGCGGCUCACAGUGUCUGGCACCCAACCUGUCAGCACCUCACCAGAGGAAAGGAACCUUCACUGAUGACCUCCAUAAACUGGUGGACAACUGGGCCAGGGACGCCAUGAACCUCUCACAGGGUAAAAGGGGUGCCAAGCAGCAGCAGCAGCAGCAGGCCCCAGCACAGGGACAAAGUUAUGAGGUUACCCAGUCCGCCAGUCUGAGCAGGAAGUACUCGGCUCCCGGCCAGCUUUGUCCCAGCAGCAUUGGAGGGUCCACCCACCUCCCUGCAAACCCCACCAGUGCUACCUCUUUGGCUUCCAGGAAAGGCUCCCUCUGCCACCCUCCUGCCUCCUCUGCUCUGCCCCAACUCCAGCCGCCCCAGUUUAUCCACUAUGCCCCCAGUGCCGCCUACGCCGCGCAGUGGUGCGGUCCCGCUCACAGCAUGUCCAACACACAGCAAGCACCAACGCAGCCUCUCUUGGUCAGCACCUCUCAGCCACUGGGGCCCUAUCCCCCUCCGCAGGGCCAGCUACCAGGACAGGGGCCCUUCCUGCUCGCUGCCACCCUGCAGAAGUCAGUGAGCAGCCCAGGGGGGCCCAACUUGAGGACCACGUAGGGGUUGGCGCCAGGGCCGGUUCUACUGACAGACAGCCCAGCUGGACGGGUGGAAGGUGGCUUGUUUCGCAGCUAUUGGAAAAGGAGAUGCACUGGAGCGGAGAAAGACAAAAGCGAAAAAUAUCAUCCGUGUGUGUGAGUGAGACGCCCUCCCUGCUUCGGGGGCCGUGACAGACAGCCAAACGAUCAAACGUAAAGGAAAAGGAAAUGCGGGCUGUGUUUAGUGCAUCACAAUAAAUAAGAAUAUCUAAGUUCAUUUAUUGACGUAUUUUAAGUCUAAAAGUAAAACACUAACAUUAUAUAGAUUCGUUACAAUCGGAGUGAGAUAUUUUGAGUAUUUAUCUGUAAGGAUCGUGGCUUAUAGCUGAUGAAUACCAAGUUGCACACACACACACACACACACACACACGGUAGAGUUUUUCCUCCAGAUGCCCUUUCCUGAAGCAACCGGGAUUCGAUCCCAUGUUCUGUGUAUCAAAGACGUGGAUUUAGCCCGCUACUUUUCAGUCUUACUGUAGACAGAUAAAAACAAUGAAUUUUAUUUCAGAAAAGUAGAGCUUCAGCCUUAUUAGAUCUUAAUAUCAGAAGUAACUACUGUUUUCCUUCCACUCAACUUCCCAUUGGUCAAGUCAGUAAAAUUCAAUAUUUCUGAGAAACAGAAUUUUGCGUUUUCAUCAGCUAUAAGCCAGAAUUGUUGCUAUUGACAGAAACAAAGGCGUGACGUAUAUCCCUCUGUGUAAGGAAUCUAUAUAACACAUUAGUGUCACAUUUUGAAUUGAAUUCUUAAAGUGAAUAAACUCUUUUUUUAGAGUGGUACUCUUUAA